AUGAAUUUUAGAAAACCAGAUAAUACCGCCGAUUUAAUUGACAGUAUAAUUAAUAGCGAAAAUGGAAAAGUUCAAAAAUAUAUUUUAGAAAGAAAACGAAAGGAAAAAGAAUUUUUGGAGAAAAAGGAAAACAUCAAAAAACAAAACUUAAUGGCUCCGAAAUUAAAUCAAAUGUUUGUUAAAAAUAAAAAUGAUGAUGAUAAAUUAAUUAAUGAAACUGUUGGCCUAAGAACAGUUCAUGAAUAUAAAAAAAUAAAGGAUAAAAUUUUUAGUAAGGAAAAGGAUACAACAUAUAAUGAAAUUUCUAAAGAUACUAAACAUAAAAAACAUACCAAUUUUAAAUUGUCUUUUUGCUCCGAUGAUGAUGAAGAAGAAGACGAAGAUAAAAACGACGAAAAAAAAUCAGAAACCCCAAAAAAUAAAUCAGAUGAAAUUUCUUCAGAAAAAGAACAAAACGAACAAGAAAAAACGGAAAAAUCUCCUAACGAAACUGAACAAAUUAACAAAAAUUAUAAUGAUAAAAUUUUACAAAAAGGAAAAAGUGAUAAUACAGAAAAUAAAAGCAAACCAAAAAAUGAAGAAGAAAAUGAAUUCAAAAAAAUUAUGAAAGACCCUACUGUAAACACAUCCUUUUUAAAAGAUAAGGAUAGAGAUAGAAAAAUAGAAUUAAAAAAAAAAGAGUUGAGAGAAUUAUAUUUCAAAUUAGAAAACGAGCAAAAGGAAAAAGACAUCGAAGUUACAUAUUCAUAUUAUGAUGGUUCUGGUCAUAGAAGAAAAAUAUUGAUUAAGCAAAAAAAUACUAUAGGACAAUUUAUAAAUAAAUGUGUAGAUAAUUUAAAACAUGAAUUUACAAAUUUAAGAUCCGCAUCAUGUGAAACAUUAAUGUUUGUAAAAGAAGAUCUUAUUCUUCCAAAUUAUUUAACCUUUUAUGAACUAAUUAAAAAUAAAGCUCAAGGAAAAACAGGCCCAUUGUUUUCUUUUGAUGCUGUAGAAGAUUUGUCGGGAAUUACGAACAUAAGAAAGAACAAGACUGAUACUCAUGCAGGGAAACUAGUAGAACGAAAAUGGUAUGAAAGAAAUAAACAUAUAUUUCCGGCUUCAAAAUGGGAAAUUUAUAAGCCCUUAACAAAUUAUGGAACUAACUAUAAAGAUUUAUUUAACAAUUUGUCGUAA